AUGCGCAGCUCGCCCGGUUCCUCCCGGGUACCCGCAGGGUACCACCGUCCUCAUCCUCCAUCCAGCGGGCUGGGACCGUGGGCUCGGCCUCCCAACUCGGUGGUGAUCCUGCAGCUCCCAAGCCCCGAGCGCAGGUUUUGGGCUGACGCUGUCACUUCUGUCACCCCUAGGCAUGGAGCGGUCAAGAACGAGGACACCUUCAAGCCCUCCCCGUUCCACUUGGACCUGUGGUUCUACUUCACUCUGCAGAACUGGGUGCUGGACUUUGGCCGUCCCAUCGCGAUGAUAAUCCUACCUUUGGAGUGGUUUCCUCUGAACAAACCCAGUGCUGGAGAUUAUUUCCACAUGGCUUACAAUGUCAUCACCCCCUUUCUUCUGCUAAAGCUCAUCGAGAGAUCCCCCAAGACCUUACCGCGAUCCAUGGUCUACGUCAGCAUCAUCAUGUUCGUCAUGGGAGCCAGCAUCCACCUGGUCGGAGACUCCGUCAACCAUCGCCUGAUUUUCAGCGGCUACCAGCACCAUCUGUCUGUGAGAGAGAAUCCCAUCAUCAAGAACCUGAAGCCAGAGACACUGAUUGAUUCCUUUGAGCUGCUGUACUACUACGAUGAGUAUUUAGGUCAUUCGAUGUGGUAUCUCGUGACGGAGGGGCAGAUUUUCAUCCUCUACAUUUUCACUUUCUUUGCCAUGAUGGCUUUAGUGAUGCACCAGAAACGCAAGGGACUGGUCCUGGACAGCAACGGGCUUUUUCUCUUCUACUCCUUCAUCAUCACGCUGGUCCUCAUCGCUGUCUGGGUGGCUUGGCUGUGGAAUGACAAAAUUCUCAGGAAGAAGUACCCGGGCGUGAUCUAUAUCCCCGAGCCGUGGGCAUUUUACACCCUGCACAUGAACAACCUCCAUGCAGCAAAGGAAAGUUUAUAAAUUUUUAUAUUUUAGAGUGAUUUGAAGAAAAAAAAAAUUCUAGUUUUUCUAAUGUAGAUGUAUUUCAA